GCGUGUGACCGUCUUUGUGUGAUUGUGUGUGUGCGUGUUUAUUUGGGAGUGUGUGUUGUUUUGCACAUAUGAAUGUGGAGAGAGGACUUCACUGAUUUUUUUUUCUAGAAGGUUAAUCGUUAGGUUUUUACAACUCAAGUUUUCCCUAUAUAGAAGAAAUAUCUCGUCUUUGAAGAAAUAUAUAUAUCAUCUUAAAUCACACAUAAAAACCAAUUGCAAACUACGCCGACGACUCAAUAUACUUCCCUUUUCUUCCCUAUAGAAGGUACAUUUGCAUACCAAAGGAGUACUGGCUCAGGUAGGGUAACCCGAUAUGGGUUGCACACAUACAGAGUAGGGCUGGCUUUUGUGUUCAGGUCGCUUCAAACAAACAUUGUAACACUAUCUCUCGGCCGGUGUACGUACAGGGGGUUCCCCUAUAAUGUACCUCCUGCACUUGUUUUUUACCCAUUGCUUACUGUAUUAUUAUCAUUUACAAGUAUAUUUUUGUGCAGAUAAGCCAACCAACGAACGAACAAACGCCUGACCACUGCACAUCUGACUACAGGUGAAGAUGCCGCUCCUGUACUCUGUACGAGUUUCGGCUGUUCUGAAGAUGUCCGUAAACUUCCGUGUCGUCGCGAUUCUCCUGGUCUGUCUGGCACAAACGGCAUAUUCCGGAUGUACACAUUAUCUGACCGGAAAACGAGGCCAAAUAUGGAGCGUAACGGAUGUGACGUCAUACCAUUGUGAGUGGGACAUCAAUGCUGAUGCAGGCAGUAUCAUACAGAUCAAUUUCGACACCUCCGGAUUCCGGCGAGGCUCAGACAACUGCACCUCUGACGUUCUGACGUUUUAUGACGGAGACUCUUCAGGCAGCAGAGUCACGGACACGUUCUGUGGAGACCAGAUGGCUGACGCAGGCCGUCUGCACCUGUCCACCGCCAGUACGGGGAGUCAGAUGCACGUUGUGUACAGCCGUGGUGCCGGGGAUCAGCAGGGAACUGACUUCAAUAUCACCUUUACCACGAGACGUUAUGAAGAAGUACCAUACUUCAAUGAAGAAACUUUCCUCCCACAAACGGAGCCAGUUUUUAACCACACCACAGCCGAGGAUUUCGUGAAACUUGACAUUUGGUACGAUUUUAUCAACGGAAGAGGUAAACAUGCAGAUCAGUUGGAUUAUCCAUACGGCUACACAACCUACAGCAAAGUAGGCAAUAUGCUGGAGCUGUUCGUCACCAUCCCAAACUCCAAAAUAACGGACUCCAUCCUGGGCUCAUUCAUUUACUCGUGUGCCUACGUCACCAAUGGGUCUCCUGUUCCUGACCGUACAGUGUACAUGUACAUGACCGUACCGGGAGACAGGGAUUGGUCCCCGGAUGACUGGCCGUGGAUCCCGUUUGAAAAUUAUUACGAGUUGAAUUUUGAAAGAACUGAAGCAGUCCUGAAAUGCAGGUUAUGGGACAUAAAGAUGGGAGAGGAGAAAGCUGACCAGAACAUCUUACGAUGUGCAAUCCCCUUUGGACAGCUAACGACAAAACUCACAGUUAAAGCCUGCCCCAUCGGGCGGUUCGGCCGGUUCUGUGCGGAGCGCUGCCAGUGUUAUAACGGAGCCUCAUGCCACAGCUUCAACGGGGCGUGCAGGUGCGCCCCUGGCUGGAGGGGAAGGAACUGCACCACAGUAUUCCCGGAAGUGCGCAUCAGCCCUUCAAACAGCGAACUGGCCGACUUGCGGUACGGGCAGGAACUGCAGCUCACAUGCACCGCCUACAACCUUGACGUCACCAACAUCACGUGGUCUUUUCAAAGUGACAUUUCUGACGACCUGCUGAACGUGACAAGCAGCAAAGAUUUUUCUGUUCUACACCUCAGCUCCCUGCUGCCUGAGUACGAGGGUCACGUGGCCUGUGUAGCUCUUACAAGCAAUGGAGUCAAUUACAGCGACAUGGUGGAUAUAAGGAUAGCAGGAUGUGAGGAUAACCUGUACGGUGAGUUCUGUGACCGGGUCUGUAACUGUACAGAGCUGGAGACCUGUAACCGGACCCUGGGCUGUGUCUGUCAGGGGGAGGGGUGUCCGGUGCCGGAAGAAUCGGACACCCUCCUCCUGACCAUCAGCCUGUCAGCAGCCGGGUUGAUUCUCCUCCUGCUCGGCGCCAUCUUCCUGCUCCACAGGCACAACAACAGGCUGCGGGUCGGCAACAUCGACGAUCCGGAAGUCUUCCGACUCGAACAGAACCUAAAGGCCGUGGUCCCGGUUACAGCAGGCUCCUCGUCAGGCAGUAUCGACAUGGAGCUGCUGAAGGAACGGGAGAUCCACAGGAGCAGGCUGCAGGGCGGACAGAUCCUGGGAGAGGGCGCUUUUGGACAUGUCGUCAAGGCAACGCUGACGCAUCCUGAAAAAGAUGAUGUGACGGUAGCUGUAAAGAAACUCAAGGACGAUGACGACACCCAAACCAGACAGGCCCUUCUGAGGGAAACCUGCAUCAUGUUGCUGUGUGGUAACCAUGACAACGUCAUCGGACUGAAAGGCAUCUGUUUUAGAGACGGUCCGCUCCAACUGGUGCUGGAAUAUGCCGAACACGGGAGUCUCCUGCACCUGCUGUGGACGUUACGUGCGGAGUCCAAACUCAACAGGACCGUUCUGGUCAACAAACGGCACAUCUUCGAGAACAUGAUGGUGGAAGUGUGCUCCGGCCUCGAGCAUCUGGCAAGCAGGAGGCUGGUUCACCGAGACAUCGCGGCCCGGAACAUCCUGAUCUGUGGGAAGGGAACCGCCAAGAUCGCGGACUUCGGGCUGGCCCGGGACAUGUACGCUGUGGGGUACCAUCGGCAGGACGGCGGCAAUGACCUCCUGCCGCUGAAGUGGAUGGCACCGGAGUGCCUGAAGAACGAGGCUAGGUUCACACACAAGAGUGACGUCUGGUCCUUUGGGGUUCUGUUGUGGGAAGUUGCGCAGCUGGGCCGCACGCCGUACCCUGGGAUGGAGGGGGCAGACAGAAUAUAUGAUGCUCUGCAAAACCACUUCAGACUUCCCAGGCCUCAGCUAUGCACCGAGGAAAGAUACCAGCUGAUGCUGCAGUGCUGGAAGUUUAACGAGAAGACCAGGCCGGACGCCACGACUGUCAAACAGCAGCUGGAGGCAGAUCCUAAUGGCUUCUUCUACUUUAACGCACCAGUCGCAGCGAUCGGGGCAGCUACCACGCCGGUGUGAUACCACAGCACUGACCACGCCGGUGUGAGACCACAGUGGACUUCAGACACAGCCGUCAGUCAAACUAAGUCCAGAGAACUGAAUGUGAACUAUACAAUAUUACAUGGCCUCCGUCGAUCAAUUCUAACCAUGCAUGGUAAAAUUAUUUAUCCAUAUCAGUCCGGCAUCAUCGCUUAAUAUUAACAGCCUCAAAUGGGAACCAAAGGAUAUGUCUGAUCAGGAACUGGGAACCAUAUCCUUAUCAUUUUGUGCAAGAUGUUGCCAAUUAGGUUUAUUAUGUUGCUAACAAUUUUUUACUUAAAACGUAUCAGCUAUAUAUCUAUCACUGCUCUAUUAUAUAUAUAGUAGAUUAAAUAUCCUCUGCAAAGUUUUCUUUUAAAAAUGUAUGAAUAUUUAUGCAAUAUUUAUGUCCAUUUUUAACUAGUUAAAAAUGGACAAGAAGUUCGUAUUAUUUAAAUGCUAAAAUGUUUAUCACUUGAUUGAAUGUCUGGCAAUGCCCAGAACAUAAUGUA